AUGAAACGAGCCUGGGGACGCUUAUUUUCCGAAGAUGAUCUCACGCACGCGUUAAAGGACGUCACGACGGACAAGAAUGGUAACAUCGACUUCCAAAGAUUUCUCGCGGCCAUAACAGCAGAGGGUACUUCAUCUCUCGAGAUCGACUUCGCAAAUGAUGAGGAGAUGGCAAAAGUCUUCAGAAUUGCUGAUAAAGAUGGAGACGGCUUCCUUUCUGCUAAGGAAGUCCGCAACUUUUUGGGAGGCGGAUCUGAGAUUGACGGCGAGAUCGAUUUGAUGAUUGAGGAGGCUGAUCUUGAUAGCGAUGGUAGGAUCGAUUGUGAGCAUCGAUCUUAUUGUCCCUUGGCAAUAGUACGUUCUAAUGUGUGUCCGAUGUAG